UAUUUGGCUGUGUAAAGCUGUAGCCUGGAUACAGCAGAGAGCGUCCUUGGUAUUUGUGAUUGUAAAGAGCUGGAGGAGAGAAAGAUGGCCAAGGAGGAGGAGGAGGGACUGAUAAUUUGAAGACUUGCCAGGGGUACAUUGUCAAAUUCAAAAGGGCAUUUCAAAGAACCAAAAACCAUUCACUUUUUUUUUUUUUUUUUUUUUUUUAUUCUCUCUUCUUUUUUUCUCCUUUCUUUCUCUGUCUUUUUUUUUUUUUUUUCUUUCUUUACGCACGGUUUGCAGGGGCCGUUUUGAAUCGACCAAUGGGACCUUCAACUUUUAGAAGACAUUGGAAUGUAAAUGAGCCCAGCGCGUGCUCCCGGCGCAGUGAAAGCUCGGGAUUGUUUAUUGAGCUCCCGGAGCCACGCGCCUGGCUCGGGGGGAGUCGAAUCACACAGCGGGGGCGGGGCCUCGCGACGAAGCGUGCGUCUCCAGAAAGAGGAGGAUGGGUGGGUGUGCAUGGGGGCGCGUGUUGAAAAAGAGGAGUGCUGCCAAAGUUUGGGUCAGAUCGGCUCGUGGAGUAAAGCAGUCAAGAGAGAGAGACUUGGAACUAGAGUUAGAGCCACACACGCGAAGGACACGAGAGCUGUACACUGCCAAACGCAAGAGGCUGCGCGCAUUGCAUCCAUCUCCAUCACUCACCAGAAGGAACUGUUUUGAGCUGAGAUGGAAACCACAACCAUCACCACCACGCAGACUGCAUUCACCUUUGGAUUUACUGAGAGACACGCCAGCCUCAGCCUGCACGCACCUGCACAGGACUGCAGCGCCGCCACCUCCACUUCCACCUCCAACACCUCCACCUCCAAGGUGCUGAAGAGACAGCGCUCCAGCUCGCCGGAGCUGCUGCGCUGCAAGCGGCGCCUGAGCUUCAACGGCCUCGGCUACUCCAUCCCGCAGCAGCAGCCGGUCGCGGUGGCUCGGCGCAACGAGCGCGAGAGGAACCGGGUCAAGCAGGUCAACAUGGGCUUCCAGACGUUGCGGCAGCACGUGCCCAACGGCGCCGCCAAUAAGAAGAUGAGCAAAGUGGAGACCCUGAGGUCCGCGGUGGAGUACAUCCGGGCUCUGCAGCAACUCCUGGACGAGCACGACGCCGUGUCGGCCGCUUUCCAGUGCGGCUUGCCGCCGUCGCCGACGCUCUCCAACAGCUGCUACUCUGCAGACCCGGAGUCACCUCACUCCACCUACUCGUCAGACGAAGGCAGCUAUGAGCCUCUGAGCUCCGAGGAGCAGGAGCUGUUAGACUUUACAACCUGGUUCGACAGGUACUGAGACUUUACCACCUGGUUCGACAGGUACUGAGGCUUGACAAGCAUGCCGGAACCACACAGCAUGCGUCUGUGCGUAAAAGUGUCUGUGCGUAAAAGCGCAUGACAAAGACUUGGUAAAAAGGCAUCAGAUCAGUCUGGAAGUGAUCUGGUUGCGUCCCUCCCUCACCCCGGGCUGCUUCUGCAGGAGCAAAGCAAUAGCAAGAAAGAGAGAGAGAGAAAAGGGGUGUGUGUGUGUGAGAGAGAGCCUCUUGUUGCAUAGAGCAUGAAUAAUAGUCGCCCCACAAGAAAGGGAGGUAGUUGGACUCCUCGGUGUCACGUUGACGCGCGGAAGUAAAGAACUGUGUUGGUGUUAUGUUUGAAUAAGUGCAAUUAUUAUUACGUGACACAGCAGGCUCUGCAGCUCCAGAGGACUUGUUAUAGAUGAGUGUUUCAUCAGAGCAGGACUGCCUUCCUCACUCAGCUGCCAUGACGUCUGUCAGAAGAAGAAGACACAAUAACAAAGAUGAUGAAGCGUCAACAGACUGUUUUUUUUUACAAUGUGAUGUGCAUUGUUUCCUUACACCUUUUCAUAAAACAAAAAAUUGUAUCAUAAAUUGUUUUAACAUGAAGACAUAUUUUUGUACAUUGAGUCAAACAAACAAUAAUGAACAACCUCCACAUUGUUGCUGACAGUGUCAGUGUGAGAGCCAGCUGUCAGUGAGGCAGUGAGUUGAGCAUGGAUGAUGAGUUGUGUGACUGGACAGCAAUAUCAAGGCUACUACUACUACCUGUGACAGAUUGUAGUGUUUUUUUUAAUAGGUGAUAAGGAGACCUUUAUCAAUGUAUGCACUUCUUGUUCUCCGUGUAGCCUAAAAAAAAAUGUAAAUAUUCGAUUUGAACAGAUAUAUUUUGUGUAAACAAGUUUUAUAA